CCGCUACUUCCAACCAUCACCACCUCUUCCCUCUCCACCACCAUCAACAACCACUUCUAUCAAAGCAAACUACACCACCAACCAAACCAAAUACGAACCACACAAUACUUCCUAAGAUAAAAAAAGAAAAAGAAAAGAAAAACUAAAAAUACCCAAACAAAACUACCUUAUCUCAUCAUUUAUUCCAUCAUCUAUCUCACCUACACAUAUCAAAACUUCAAUUUUUUAUCCAAUCCAAAAUAAUAAAAAAAAAUACUCACAGCUCACAAACUCAUGGCCGGGGAUACUCCGUCGCCGGCGACGGAGCCACCACAAACUACCGUCUUCGAUCUUCCACCGGAGCUCUUAUCAGUUCUACCUUCCGAUCCAUUUCAACAGCUCGACGUUGCUCGCAAAAUCACCUCCAUUGCUCUCUCCAGCCGCGUCUCCGCCCUAGAAUCCGAAUCUUCCGAUCUCCGGCAACAACUCGCCGACAAGGAGGCGGUUAUCUCCGAUUUGUACGCUCAGAUUGACUCGCUUGACUCGUCGGUGUCUCAAAACCUGCAUAAACUGUCAGUUAUUAAUCAGGAGAAAGAGAGUUUGUUGAAGGAGAACGCGUCGCUUUUGGAGACGGUUAAUAAGCUCAAACGCGAUGUUGCUAAGUUGGAGAGCUUCAGAAAGACACUCAUGAGGUCACUUCAAGAUGAAGACGGAAGUACCGCAGCGGAUCCCACGGUUGUUGCGGGCAAUCUCCAAAGCCAAGCAAGUUUAUCAUCUCAAACAUAUUCUGGAGAAUAUGACGAAAGCGCAUCAUCGAUAAGGAGUCAAUCCUCAGACAUAGGAAAUUCGUACAAUGAUGAGCCUGCAAAGGAUGCGUCAAGACCUCGAAUAUCACCAAGCCUUUUGUUAGCAUCCGAAACAAACACACCUCGGCUUACACCGCCUGGAUCACCGCCAACUCUAUCCGCAUCAGCAUCGCCAACAAGGACACCUAAGCCCGUUUCUCCAAGAAGACACUCAAUUGCUGUUUCAUCCGCAAGAGGCGGGGUUGAUGGAAGAUCAUCGGUCUUUUCAUCUACUAGCUCAAGUCCAUAUGGUUCGAUGUCAGGAAGGACUCGGGUGGAUGGCAAAGAGUUUUUCAGACAAGUCAGGAGCCGGUUAUCAUACGAGCAGUUUGCUUCAUUCUUAGCCAAUGUGAAGGAACUCAACUCUCAAAAACAAUCGAAGGAGGAGACUUUAAGGAAGGCGGAUGAAAUUUUUGGACCCGAUAACAAGGACCUCUAUACUAUAUUUGAGGGGUUAAUUACUCGUAACUUUAGUUGAAAAUGUGAUUUGUGAUUAUGAUGCAUUAGUUGUUUGAUUGUACAUACAAUCUCAUUGCACCUUUUUUGUAUAUCAUGUCAAAUGGUACAUUAUCUUAUGUAUAUGUUACCCUGUGUAUACAUGAGAUUAACUAUGCAUCCAAUGUCAAAUGUCUUCAUGUUAUUGCAUACAUACAUGUGUCUAUAUGUGACGAACAUAUGUAUGUGUGGAACAUAACAUGUGAUGUAGGGAAUUGACUAUAUUUGUGUA